UAAAUCUAAUUGUUCAGCGGGAAGUGGAGUUGAUAAUUUACGAGUCUCGAUGAUUACACCAAGUGAUUGGAGACGAGUUGAUUCAUCGUAAUGAUAAAUUGACUCUCGUAAUAAUCCUUGAGUAUUUAAAGGUUCAUUGUAUGAAGGUUGAUUGUUACAAAGGUGAAGAAGUUUCAAUUUUCAUUGAUUUGAAAGGCGCGGUUUGAUAGAGAUAAACUCUUCAAAUGGUCAGUAACUGACCGUCAGUUAGAGCUGCACAAGUUAAAUUUUCAAAAUUUUGAAUUUCAAACAACCAAAGUUUUUUGGUCAAGAAAACUUUCUUUGAUGAAAAGUUCUUUAUGGAUCCUUUAUCAUUUGAAUCACUGUUUGAAUUGUUUCAUGCAACUUUCAAAAUGAAUAUCAAUGAUUUGCCUGAUGAUUGUUUACUUUUGAUUUUUGAUCAGUUUUAUCAAUUCAGACAAUUUGCUACAUUGAUGAAAGUUUGUAGGCGCUGGAAAACAUUGGCGGAAAAGGGACUGAAGAAGAUCACUCACUUAGACGUUAUAUUGACAACCACAUUAAUGAAGAUUCAGGAUUCUAUUAAACAAAGUCAAGUUCCAUCGACUCGUAAAUGUAUUAUCACGAUAUAUUGUGAUAACUUUCUGCUUAUAAACAGAAAGCGCUUGAAGAAAAUUAAACUCUCUAAACUUCUUCCUAAUGUUAAGAUUAUCCAUCUUGAAAAUUACAAUGUAAACUGCCGUUGUACUUUCUUAGUUCAUUUACUGGCCAACGCGAACCAAAUUAAAGGCUUGAGCGGUUUAGGGCAUUCAUUUGAAGUGAAUCACAAAUGUAAAAUUUUAAAACGAGAAGAAAAAAGAAUAACAUCAUUUUUGAGUGAUAUUCAAUUUCUAGGAAUUAGUAAUGACCUAAUAGUUACAAGUUAUCUCAGGACUUUUGGUCAUUUCAAGAAAUUGAAAUCUCUUGGAAAUGCUAUUGGAAGUCACCACCAAACUGUGAAUUUACUCCAUGUUUUGAAAUUUGCCCAGGACCUGCCGAAUCUCGAGCAACUUGUUACUUUUUGUGGUGAUGAGUUUGAUUAUCAUUUUGUUCAACUCGGAAGCCAAUUACCGAUAUUUGGAAAUCUUUUACAUCUUCAGCUUGUAGAUACUUCAAAAAAUGGAUCGACUGUUAGUAAAUUCUUGAACUUGUGUCCGAAUUUACUCAACCUGUCUCUGGGUGCUCGUACUCAUCCAAUGAUUCUAUUUAAUCAAAUCAACAAAAACUUCAAUGUCCAAAGAUUGAAUCUACUUGAUUGGGAUCGAGAAAAGAUACUAGAAACUAUCGAAAAGUUUCCAAACUGUCGAUACUUAAGUAUUUGUGAUUAUUAUUUUUCGCUAUCUUCACAUGAGUUGAUCCAGAUUAUGAGUGUAUUACCUCAUUUGUCAUUAUUGUAUAUCAAAUCUGAUACGACUGAUUUAGCAGAAAAACGAAUCGUGAAAAACUAUUGUCACUCACGAAAUCCUAAAAUUGAUCUUUACUUUGGGUCUACAGAUGAGAAACUAUUGAUGUCUAAUGAACUUUAUCGAAAGUUUCAUGAUUCAUUUCUAUAAAUGGGUGAAGUCUAAGGAUUGCAGGUUUCUUAUUCUCCAUUUAUAAACCAACCUAGCAAAAAAAACCGAACUUAUUUAGAGAGAUCUUAGUCGUAGAUAGUAGUAGAGUAGAGAGAUCUUGAAUCACAUAAAGAAUCUCAAUAGUGUCACUAAUUAACCGAUGCUUUUUGGCUUUUCGAAAAAGACGAAUCGAAACCAUUUCCCUCACUCGAACCAGUUGUAACUCUUGAAAGUGCUUUCAAUUAUACCAAAGAAGAAGUGACUUAUGCUUUGAAAAAUAUAACCAAACAUCAAAUCGAUUCCAUAUUCAAGUUUUACUUUUCUGGUGCCGAUCCAAAUAACAUUUACGAUCUAAAAUCGCGUUCUGUUAGAUUAACUUCCGAUGUAAACUUUAAUUGUCCUUCGUUAAUUUUAUCUCAACUUUACUCACUUGUAAAUGAUAAUAUCUUUCUCUACGAAAAUGUUUACAUUGGUCAGAAUUUAUCUCGUCCAUUUGGUACUCAGCACAGUGAUGACCAGAAAUUUGGACAAGGAGCUCCUUACCGAGAGCCCGAUUCUUUUACUUCAACCGACCGUCAAUUCAGCUCAUUACUCAUGAAAGUCUAUGGGGACUUCGUUAAAGGUAUUGUCUUGACCGAUUGGAUUCCAGUUCAUCUAAACAGAUCGGACCCAAGCAAAGAUCAAACAGUCAGACAGCUAUCGCUCGAACCACAAAAUGUACUUUACAAGCACCAAAAAGCGUGUAUCGAAUGGGCCAAACUUUUCGAUUAUCAAUUUCCACUCGAAAACUAAUCAAAAUCAUUCUUCAAUCAUGAUUCAAUUCAAAUCGCAUCAAAUAGUUAGGCAACAUAUCCAAUAGAUCAAUUUAUCCUCAGAGUUUUUAUUCAGAUAGUUAUAGCAAAAUAUCAAUCAGAGUUUUGGUGUUUUUAUCCAUUUAAUUUAUCAUUUGAUUUGAUUAGUUUUCAUUUGGGACAAUUUGAUUGAUCAACUAAUUCCAUUACUUUUUUCUCGACUCCAGAUUUGCUUUCCAAAUCAUUUAAUAGCCGAUCCACUGUAUCUUUAGGUAAACUUGACGAUCGUGAAAGUAUCCAUGCUGAUUCUGUUUGUAAAAUUAAUUACAAUUAAAUGUGAAAAUUUGUAUAUAUCACUAACCAAUAUAAUCAAUAAAAUAAUGAACAAUUAACUUACCAAA